AUGGAGCCUCCUGCCCGCGGCCCUCGUCCUGUCUCCUGGCCGCUGACCUGCCUGGUGCUGCUCUCCCUGCCCAGUGUGGGUGCCCAGAGGAGCUGGAGUUUAAGGCUGCAGCAGCCCCAGGAGCAGCUGGUGUCGACAGCAGGGCAGACAAUCAUCCUGAGCUGCACCAUCUCUGGAGAGGGUCCCCCUGGCCCUGUGGAGUGGCUGAAGGGCUGGGGCACUGAGAACAAGACCAUUUAUGCUCAGACCAGCUCCAGCCCUCGUGUGACCAGGGUGGUGAAUGAAUCCAACACGGACUUCAGCAUCCAGAUCAGGGAUGUUCAGCCUGAGGACGCUGGCACCUACUACUGUGUGAAGUUCACAAGAACUGUGGGCCAUGGGGGUGGUCUCCAGGUGUUCCAGCAUGGAAAGGGAACAGUGGUGUCUGUACAUGCCAAACCCACCCAGCCAGUCGUGUCCGGGCCCGGCCGCAGGGCAGGCACAGGGGCAUCAGUGUCCUUCACCUGUGAGUCUGGAGGCUUCUUCCCCAAAGACAUCAGCGUGAGGUGGCUCAAGAACCAGGCUCCCAUCUCAGCUCAGCAGCCCCGGGUCAGGCCUGGGCAGACCAACUCCUCCUACACCAUGUCCAGCACAGUGACCUUGGCACUGGUGCCACAGGACGUCCGCUCGCAGCUGGCCUGUGAGGUGCAGCACCCAACGCUGCCAGCCCCCCUGAGGGGCACCUACCAGCUGAGGGAAGCCCUGCGAGUGGCCCCCAGCCUCCGCCUGCUCCCUGGCUCCAGCUCUGUGGAAGUCAACAAGACCUUGACCCUCACCUGCCGCGUGGAAGGCUUCUACCCGCGGGACCUGGCCCUGAGCUGGCUGGAGGGCGGCAGGGAGCUGCGGGUGGAGAACACCUCCCGGGCGGUGCAGACGCCGCAGGGCUUGUUCCAGCUGAGCAGCCUGCUGGAGGUGCAGGCGACGGAGGACAGGAAUGGGUCAGCCUUCACCUGCCGGGUGGUGCACGACGGCCAGGACCCCAUCAGCAGCACAGUCACCCUCUGGGUCGCUGUGCCAGGCAAGGAGGGGCUGGGUGAGCAGCGCCCAGCAGACAGUGACAAUUUGCUCAUCAUCUAUAGUGUGGUGGGGGUGGUCUGCACUGUGCUGGCCCUGCUGGUGGCUGCCAUCCUGUACCUCAUCCGGACAAAGCAGAGCAAGGCAGGUAAAAGCUCCCCAUCUGCCAGGUUACACGAGCCAGAGAAGAGCAGCGAGGCCACUACCCAGGAAUCCGACCCCAACAACCUGACCUACGCCGACCUGAACUUCGAGAAGGAGAGGAAGAGCAUCCGGCGGAUGGUGGAGAUGAGCCAGCAGUCCGAGUAUGCCUCCAUCCAGGCCAGCCAGGCCCCCAGCGCCGAUGACAACCUCACCUACGCCGACCUGGACAUGGUGCACCUCAACAAGGCGCCCAAGCGCCUGGCCCCGCGCCCCGAGGAGGCCAGCUCCGAGUACGCCAGCGUCCAGAUCCCCAGGAAGUGA